CCCCGCGCACUCAGUGUGUUCCCCACUGCCGUAGCGAGACGACCGGCCGACUAGCGGGCCGCCCAGCAAGCCCACAGUUUAUCUCGCGCACAAACCGUCAGCGCCAACAGUUGCACUCAGGCUGAGAGCUCGAGCGGCCACACGGCCCUCCACAUCCUCCAGCCUCUUGGAGCAUCGUAUGUGUGUGUGUCCUCGCUCGUGACGAACUAAACAACAACAACUGAGGAUUGCUAGAGGAGGGAAUGCCUGGGAGACUUGACUUGUGCCCGUCACAGCCUGUCACUGGACGACACAAAACAACUCAUUGCGAUUGGUUUAUCUCAUCGAAUGUUGCAGAAAGCAAAACAAAAGUCUGCUGGUGCCAUCGCUGUUCUUACUCUAGACAAUUAAUAAAGAGUGACACUGGGACUGACACUGGCAGCGGUGUCGCUGCUGAGCAUCGCAAACUACUGAAGAAGGUGAGGAAGAUGACGAUGACUAUGACGUCAGUUCAUCAUCUUCCGCCCGUGCCACCCUGCCCCUCCCUCCAUCACAUGAGGGGAGACUACUCUUGCGACGCUGACCUGAUGUCCCCUCCUCCCGUGCACCCCCCGUCAUUUCUCAAGGCCAAUCUGACUUCACCGGUGUCGUCACCGCAGCAACAGCAGCAACUUUCUCCACACCAGUCUUCUCACCAUCCCUUGCUACCUCCAUUGACGACAGGAGCACCACCUCCACCACCUCAACAACAACAACCACACCGCGAGCAUGUUCACCAGCAGGACCAGCCCCACCACCAGACUCAGCAUUCUCUCCACCACCAUCACCAGCAUCAACAGCAGCACCACUUCCAGCAGCAGCCUCACCAGUCGCCUCAUCAUCCCAUGGCCAUGUCUAUGGCCAACCACUUCUACGACAACAACCACCUGCAGGCCGCCGCCAGCCACUCCCACAUGAACCUCCCGCAGCACGGCCACACGUCACACCCCCGUCAGCUGCCGGUGCCGCAUCCCAUGAGCCUGGUGCCGCAUGCAGCAUCUCACGCAGGGGGCGCUAACUCUAUAGGAGACUGGAUGAACGUCAAGUUCCCUCCUCCUGCCCCUCGCACGAUGUUGUCCAGGAGUUCAGCGGAUAUGACGUGCUCCAGUUCCCUGGGUCGCGUGACGUCAUCAAGACGAAGUGAGCCUCGGAUCCGGCGACCAAUGAACGCUUUUAUGGUGUGGGCCAAAUCGGAACGUAAGCGACUGGCAGCCGAGAACCCGGACAUACACAACGCCGACCUCAGCAAAAUUCUGGGUAAGAAAUGGCGGAGCCUGAAGGUGGAGGAGAAGCGACCGUUCGUGGAGGAGGCCGAGAGACUGAGUGAGCAGCACAAGCAGGAGCAUCCCGACUACAAAUACAAGCCCCGCCGUCGGAAGCACCCGAAACGAGUGUGCAAGAGGACCUUGGCUCUCACUGCGGGACCGGAAGUGGUGAAGACCGAGGCUACGUCAAGUGUGGGGCUGGCUGCGGGUCAUGGCGGUGACGCUCAGGCACGUCCAGGCCACGUGAUGACAUCGACAGCGAUUGGCGAGGGCUUUGGAGAGAUGAAGAUGGAGGAGAGCGACGUGAAAGUGCAGACGACAGCAGCGGAGUGAGUUUGGCGGAGAGUGCAUGGUCAAGCAGGAGGGCAAGAGCUUUGAAGUUCCUUUCAAGUCUGCGACCACGUCGUCAAUCCUCUCCAACCUCCUCAACACCCCCGACUCCUCGCCCCCAUCCAGUCCCGAAGCGCAGAAGAAGCGUCGUCGUUGCGAGGCAGCUUCUAAAAAGUGCAGGCGCGCCCUCUCUGAACCUCAGAACGAGGCAGGACCGGCCUUGACCUCAGCCUCUCCUUCCACCGUCCCUUGCCGUUACCAGGACAACCACAUGGGGCGCAGCAGACACGGUGCUACGUUAGGGAUGGAAAAGGUGGCCACCCCCUGCGGAAUCCUAACUCCCGAUCGGUCGCCUCUGGACACUGGCGGAGACUGCGUGUUUCAGUUCCCCGUAAAAAGCGAAGAGGGUCAGAACCACCUGCGGGGGUCGCCCAUGCGAGGUUCGCGAACGCCUCACCAAAGUCCUAAAUGUGGAACUUCCGUGUCGGAAUCCAUCCAGUCAUACUCCAGCCUGAUGCAGUGCGGCGGAAGUGGCAUGGAGGGUGACGUCCCCUUGGACAAGAACAGCAAUGGCGGAGGGAUGGGGGCGAUGAGUUAUAGCGGCAACGAGUACCUGCCCACGCCGACAUCCACCAACCUGUCUAAGACAUGCGAGAGUCUGGUGACACUACGCUCCCUCGUCACGCAGCCGCGCCGGCCUCUCACCACCUACAACUACGACAACCACACCGCGGCCGCAAGCGUGUCCUCGUCCUCCAGCGAGGAAGCUGCAGCAGGCCAACUGCACUCUCGCUCUCCCCGCGUCUGAAACAUUUCCCGCAGCCGGCCGUGGUGUGCCAGGUGCAAACUAGAACGGCAGUUUAUUUUCCGCCACAUCAGCAGCAGCCUCAUUCUGCGUACACCAAGCCAAACAAUGCAUUCGACUCACGCAUGCAUCAUUCUUAUCCUUCUGCGCAUGCGUACGAGCACGCUAGUCAGUUCAGCUUCGUUAGCGAGCAGGGGUCACGGGGCUGCCCCGAGGCCGAGAACACAACAGGUCUUCCGCUGGAGAGAUUCAGUGAACUGGAACGCUUGGCCGAUCUAGACGUCAGAGAGUUCGAUCAGUACCUGUACGGAAGCAGCUUCAGUUACGGUUCCGGUGAUGAGGUCACUUCCGCUAACGCUUACUAUCCUGUGGUCGCCGACACUCCCCGCUACGACUACACGGCCUACAUGUACGGUCCGUGCAGCAUGUAUGACCCCGGGGUGACCCCAGUCUCUGCCAGUGAGGUCACGCCCUCGCCUAGCGAUGGUGCCUCGCGCAUGUCCAGCUGCAGUGAGACUUCCUGCGCCGGCGCAGUGUCUGCUUCCGGCGAAGAGAUGGCGACCCCAAUAGACAGCCACGUGAACAGUCUGGGCGAAGACCUCUGUCUCAUGCAAGAUGGCGACGGCUACGAGUUUGACAGUUCCUACUUUGUGUCGGCGCUGACUGCCACGCUUUGAAGUGCAGGACCACGAACUGUGCGGACACGCACACAAACGGACAAACUCUCAGCUUUAAGGGCCAUGUCCCAGUCCAAGACAGGGACUGGAUCUCAGGUACACAGCUUUAAAGAAGAAAAAAACCGUCAUGAUUACCUUCGUGAAGUGUUUAUUCAAGGAGGAAGGAUGAGUCAUCAGGACGAAUCGAAAAACUGACUAACUGACAAAUAUUCCUCCCAGAAAAGUCCACCAAACUGUGGACUACGGUGGACUGGGCCCAGCGCUGGACACUGCUGUGAAUUGCUGUGAACAUUUCGCGCUGAUGUGGCUUUGAGUCGCUGCAUCCUACCGUAGACCUCGUCCUUUCCUGGUUGGUCAGGUAUUUAUUUUGUGGAUAUCUUGUAGGUGAGAAAAACUGACUGAGCAGCUCACGAGUUGCCUUUGGUUCUAGCAGCAUUGAAUAUAGUUUCACAUCUCAGUAGAGGGAUGAAUUGUUACACGUGGCACAGUCCUCGCUCAACAUGUGUCUCACAAGUUUGCAUUUCGAUGAUAAAAUGUUUAUAGCAACAACUGUUUCUCUCUCUGUAUCUCAGUCUGUUCUUUUGACUAAGCUAUGUAAGCAUUUUUGACGGCUUUCAGGUCAAAGGUUAGAAGUGACAAGCAUCCAAUAUUCUUGGUUGUCGCUUGUUUACAUGUUUGAAUUUCUGAGACUUGAAACAUGAAUUUUUUGAAAGUGUACCAGUAAGUUUAUUGCUAAUCAGAAUUGUAAGUGCCUUAUCUAGCUUCAUCCGUGGUCAAUAGCAACAGUUGUAUCUCUAAUUUGAUGAUGGCCUUUCAACCAGAUACCGUCCUCUCAUUUUCACACCUUCAAAACUUCAUAAUCUAUAUUUUCACCGUUCCAAUAUGUGUUUCAAAAGUAUUUAUUUAUUGACUCCCUUAGUCCACAGACCUUCAACCAAUAAAUGGGAAAGAAGAUAGAUACAUGGCCUCUAAUAUAUUCUAGAUCUCACCGGAGAAACUUCUCCAAAGUUCUACAAAGACCACUGGAUGGACUGCACUUUGUGUCCAGUAGUGGCUCUUUGACAUCACACCUACUGAAAUCUCUACAAGUUCAACAUGUUUAUGUUUCUAUAUUAGGGUGAACUCCUCUAUUUCCGCUAAGCAUCUCGCAUUUUCUGUAGUUUUCACUUCCGGGUUCAAUCUACCGGAAUGUAACGGGACUGCCAGCUCCUGACUAAAGCGACUUUUUAGUUGGUUUUUUUUCCUUUCUUUCUCCCUCCCCUCUAACCCUUCCCCCUCUCUCUUGGUCGUUCGUUCGCGCCAAUCCCCGUUUUCUUCCGUAUUUGAUCUCGUUUGCCAUGAAAUUCCUGUCACAUGGUCAAAUAUAAUUGAUACGAAUGAUGAUUCUUCUUGAGAAAGCAAGAAAAGAUGAACGCAAAGCGAAGAUUAACAACCCACACAGAUCUGAGAGAAUUACAUGGUAAUGUAGUUUGAUAUACCUAUCUUCUUAUGUUCCUCAUUAUAAGAACUAGAGAGAGACUUCCUGCCAUGCUCACAUCGAGAACAGAAUGUCGCACAUUUACCCUAGCUCCCUCUGCCAGCCAUUGCCAUCCUCCUGUUUACAGACUGGAGAACAAGCUUCCUUCCGCCCUCUUCCCAUCUCAGUGGAAGUAAUCGCGGAGUUAUGGUCCCAUGGGAAGUAAUCUCUUCUUACUCUCUGGCGUUUCGCUUGAGUAGGGUGAAGACAAAUAAACUGACAAACAGUCUUUUCUUGUGCCUUUAACAUAAAGCUGCUAAUUUUACAAUUGCUUGAAUUAAACUUUUAGAGAAGGAAUUCUUGCCAAAGAGGUCAGAUAAUGUGAGGACAAAGGUGACGAUCAUAAUUUCAACUGUUGAAGAAUAUUCUAAUAAGAAGAAUUCCUGUAAGUAUAAGGUCCUAUGCAAUAAUCUAGUCUGGUCUGUUAUUGAUAUAGUUUCUUGCUUGCAUUGCCUGUUAUUUUACCUGGAAAGUUUCAUUUUACUUGGUCGCAGUAAGAUACCCGAGUUUUAUUGUUAAAACCAAAGUAAAAUGAGUGAAAUUGCAAAACGAUUCCUAGUCUUAGCCAAUCGUGCUUUUCCAGAUGUGUUUGUAUGUUUAUUUAUAAGCUCGUGAAAUACUCGGACAUAAAUGUUAGGAAAAUGUGUCCCACAAAUCCUUUAAUCGCCGUUUUGCAUAAUUAUUUUCACACGAAAGUCAACCUAGUUGUCCAACAGCUGUAAAUACUUUUUUUCUUCCUCAUCCGUCGGUGCGUGGCUCAUGUGGUUGUACAAAGAAAGGACAACCAAUGUCACUGCAGUUGCCAGGCAACCUUUCCAAAAAAUACUAGUCCCCCACCCCUCUUUCCAAAUCUUCUGGCACCAAUCUUGGAUAAAUUCUGGUUGUGCUCCUUGAGCACGUGAAGAAAAGCACUGCCUUCAGCUAACCGUGAACUGAGACAAAAAUAUCUUUUCGUGACAAGUUUGGCAAAUGCUCACAUGCCGACUUGAGCGCACAAUUCCUAUCCGAAUGUUUUUCUUGCAGCAUCUUAAUGUGAAUCUGAGAUGGUGAGAGAGGGGCUGGGGGAUAGAAUGGUCCCCAUUGCCCUCUGUUACUGUGCAGAGGAACAUUGCAACACCAUGCACCGCCUCACUACACCAUCUGAAGACGCCUGCUCUCCAUCUCUCACUCCCUGCUAAUGAUGAAACAGACAAAUAAUGAAGAUAAUUGUUUGUAAUGUGACUGAAUACCUUCUGAGACAUUAGUGAACUAACCUGCCUUCACUAAGUUGUCACUCACUCUCCAAUUCUGCUACCGACACGGGCUUUCGUGUAGAAACUAGUAAAAGAUCCUCAAAGAGCAAUUAUUUUCACGGCGCAGUGGACGAAGGCAAAAUGAUGGUUCGUAAAAUGUUUUCUUGUAGGUUAACAAAGGUGUUUAGGGAAAGCACGAGGAAUGCGACUUUUAAAGAGAUCUUCUGAAUAAGAACCCUUUUUUCCUCCGUUCAGUUCAUAGUUACAAGAUGGGUCCGUAUGUGUGGAAGUUUAGUUUCUCUGUAUCCUACCCCCCCUCCUUGUGGUGCUCUGUGGACAUCCCAUCAGGCAGCCCAUAGCCAGACAUCCACUUCAUGCCAUCAUCUAGCCAAGCAUCCACAUCUUGCCAUCUUAUAACGAGACCUCCCAGGUUCAAGUUUGUAAUAAUACUUUAUGAAACAACUUAUUUAUUUUAUUACAGUGCAGUCAUCCUAUGGAUGGUUGAUCACCUGAUCACCUGAAAUGUAAUCGCAAACUGAUAUUCUAAUUAGUUAUUGACGAACCACGACUGUGAUCAAGUCGAGGCUGACUGAAUGCAUGAAGAACAUUACUCCACCAUUCAUAUCCUGUAUCCUAAUUAAUUAAUGAGUGUAGGACAUCAAAGUUGUGCACUUUGACACUCCGACAACAUUAGCGGCGGUGUGAGAGGACUAGUCCCAGGCAAGUCAAGCAGUUAAUGUAGCAAUGUCAAGGGUCACCCUGAAUAUGUUCAAUCAGUUUUCUUGAUGUUUGUGUUAGCAGUGCACGAGUUUGUCCUAGUACAGCUGGAAUGUUCUGUCAAAGUCCGGCAACCUUACAAACUCUGUACGAGACUAAGGGCUGCUGAGUCCAAUGUUCUGGAAGCAUUCCAAAUGGUUCUCUUGCCUGGAUCCAACUUUUCAUAGAACAUUUUCAUGGCUGUACUUUCACUGUUCAGUCCAAUGGCACAUUAGUGAGAUGUGUAGUCGAUCUUCAUGUUGUUAGGUACAUAGCACUAGGCCCUGUGUCAUUCAAUCAUACGUUUCCUUGGUUACUCUGAAGCAUACUUAGGAAUGGCUAGCAGCUGUGGACAUCUGGUCUUUGCCCUGUCGAGCCAAGAUAAUCAAACACUGCGCUUGCAUGUACCUGGGAAGUGACAGACCUGUGGAAUGGUUGUACAAUACGAACAGCGUCCUCUUGUAACAGUUUACAUGCCUCACGUUAUUCCACUUCUCUUUAAAUUUUUUAUUGAACUAUUUCGCUUUUUCCGGUCCUCCCCUUUCAUCCGGCAAUAAAUCCACCUUGUCCCUGAAGCUGCAAGAUUGUGAAACGGUCUUAACGGGACCAGUGUUUGCACUUUGACCUUUGAUGUCGCGUGUCAACAUAUAUUUCGCAGGUGGAUCAGCCCAAGCGAACUCGACUUCCCCGAGCUUGCAUUUAAAUGAAUGUGUCCUCCUUUGACCACGUCGACUUUGUCAGAGGGGGAGGGGCGCAACCACAACUGUUGCUUCUUUGUCCAUAUCCGUGUAGGACAGUGGCCACACAUCGCGACAACAACUCUGUGUCGGACUGUGUCAUGCAAUUCAGCACGAAUCUCCUUCCUUCUAUCUGCGUCUGUCGAUCCUGUCUUCAUAUCUAUUAUUAUUAUUAUUUUUUUGUUCCAAGGUUUUCAUAAUCGGUUUUGCCGAAAUGAAUCUACACGAAUUCUGUUUGGACCACGUGGUAGCUUUGGCCAUCAACGUUUUCCAGAUGUGGAGGGAAAAAUGCAUUCUGAAGGCGAGGAGAUGUCUGUCGUCAGGCAACCAAAGUGAAACCCAGUCACGUGACUACCAUAAGUAACGCCGCCUUGCCGCGUGAACCCUCGACGAGAUGUAGGAUGUACAUGAGUGUGAUGACGGUACACGUGCUGUACAGAGGUUAGCCAGCGAUGACGUGGGGGCGGAUGGGGAAGGAGGCCUGGGGAGGGCAAGAAAGAGGGAUGGGGGAGGAGGGCUAAGGAAACCGGUUAUGUGUGAUGUUUUCCCCGAAAACAAGGAAGCCGGAAGAUUUGCGUAAGACUUCGCUAAAAACGGUCGUCACAAAGUUCCGGACUCUCUGAACGCCCUCUGCCCCGUGCCCUAUGCCCCAUGUUCCCUUGACCUUUCUCUUGACGUUCAUCACCCAGUUUUUCCAUGUCUGCUUCUUGUAGUAUCCUCCUGCCAACUUUGUUCAUCCUCCGUUCUUCAGUCAUUUUCGAGCGGUUAUCUCUCGCUUUGUGGACAUCUUUGCCAUCUUGUCGUCUGUUCACAUUCCUCUGACUUCACGCAUGCGCUGUGUAUUUUCUGUAUUCCAGACAUAUUUUGGCGGAUUUAAGACUAUCCUACAGGGUCACAAGAAGAAAAGAUGUUCACAGGUUUAAAUAGGUGUGUAUAGAGAAUAAUCCAUGUACUACGAUCCAUGUACUGGAGGGGAACAUUUGAAGCAGGAACACUACAUGUUGCUAUGGUUAUCGUCUGUAAAACUUAAUGGCAACAGCAGCAAGCACCAGAAACCGGAACAUGACAUGGCCAGAUGGUACACGACAGACGAUGUCAGGGUGGAUGGCCACGUGAACUCAACUAACACAUCGUGACCUUUGGCUUCAUGUAUUAACUGAUCCUUCUGAAUAUUGCAGUUCGUCUUUUAACUUCUCUCUCUCUCCUGUAAGAAGCAAGAAAAAGAGUAACACACGACUGUUGCCGUGUCCUCUUCUGCCCCACCCCUACCCCCCCAAUGGCUGUCCCUCGAACCACUGGCAGCCAAAGCAUCCACCCAGAGUCCACAUAGUGUGAGGGAGGGAAUGAAGGGACAGUGUGGAAGGACAGAGAUGUCGAGGUAGCUGCGAGGUUGUCUUGUUACAUGAUGGGAGAGGUUUCCCCUCCUCUUCUCCUCCCCACCUGUACACUCUUCUAAUCCCGGCUGUACUACACAGACCAUCGGGCCACUGGCCUGCACUGCAUCUUCCUGGGAUGGUGAUGCUGCUGCUGCUGAACAUUGGGUUAAACGUGGGGUAGGGGGAGGGUUAGAGGGUUGAGGUCUCAGGGUGGGUUAGAACCACGCAUGCCUGCGGACAGAGUCGGGGUGAAGAGGAGGGUAAUGGAGAGCGAUUCACAACAGUGUGAACCUUUAACCCCCACCCACCUUGUAGAGGAUGAGUAAAUGCCACAAUUGCUUUGCGGGGUGAAGUUUCACAGCGGAAAUUGGCAGCCAAAAUACAUUUAAUUGAUAUGUCACUGCACAAUAAAACUUAAGAAGAAGGAAAAAAACCACCGUUCACUUCGAGAAUGGGGAAAACAUCUCUUCCCUCUUGUGUUUUAUUUGUCCUGUCGGGAAAGACUGCAGGGUUCAUCGCAUGUUGUAUCUGGAGUCAUGUAUAAUGUUGGCGACACAGGUCACCAUGGGUCACCCCCCUUCCUACCUUCCUACCGCAAGCCCCUGUCAGCACGCCAACAGGCCAGGACCAUUCCAGACACGGAGGAAGGAGUGUUGUUGGUGUAUGUGUGUUUAGGGGGAGAAAGAGAGAAAGAGCGCAAGUUAGUCUCGUAACUCAGUAUCACGUGACCCUUACAUCCUUCGUAGAAAGUCUCCAUGGGAAGGGGGGAGGAUGGUCGGAGGCAUGCACCUUUUGCGGGUUCGAACUCGUGCAUUAUACAGCAUACUCGCCGCAAUGCUGAAUGGGUAGCCGACCCCAUGCUCCUUCCCCCGGGGAGGUGUCGGGAAGAGACGUGGACUCCCCUCGCAUACCCCCCUCCCCCAGAAGGACUCACUCCCCGACGUUUUCAACUACUUCUGCCUUCCUUCUUUCCUAAACCUCAUUAUUAAGUGAACGAAACUGGAAAAUGAAGUGCACUAAAGGAACAGCAAGGUUUCACAACCAACCCACAAUCACAGAAAGAAAACUCAAUGUAAGCAAAUGCACUCAGGCACCAGGCCCCGACACAAAAAGGUUGAAAUGGGUGUGAGGUCACUGAGUGCACUUCUCCACUCACUACUCCUGGUGAUUGAUCUGAAGGAUGUCCACGGCUCUGUCUCCUUGGCACCGAGCUGAUGAGGUUUGCAAGGCAUUGUGGGGGGAGCUAUCAUGCACUUUUUAGUGGUGUGUGUGUGUCAGACGUGCGUGUGUGAACAAUUAGCACAGUCUCGUGUGAAAUACACUUUGUCUUUUUUACUUCUGUUCGCUUUUCUUGUCGCUGCCUUUGUAUGAAGUGUAAUGAAUGACUUGCAACUGUGCGCACACCUGGCCCCUCUCUUACCUGCCACGCUCUUAUCAAGCACAGGCCAUGGCCGAUGCUCCCAGCAAAACAACUCACAUAAGUACCUGGGUCACGCGCAUGCACGCACACAUAUACACGCGCAUGCACACACACAUACACACGCACGCGCUCUUCGGUUCUGCUUCGUAUUAGUACAUAUUUCAACACAAGGAGGUUUUUCCACGAUCCCACCAUUAAUAAAAGCAAUAUUAUAUAUUUUUUGAUCGGACUAAUCACGAGAAAAAAAAAAAACCCACCUGGUUCGGUGAGUUGUAAGUAUUAUGGGCUAGGACUUACAGCUCGGUAUCACAUCUUAUCCUAACCAUCCUCUGCAUGAGUAGUGGAGGUGCUGGAGUGAGGAUGGGAGGAAGAACCAGUCCACUGCUCACCAGGUCCUAAACUGAACAACUGAGACAGUUUUGUGGCCGAACCUCCCCCUGAACCUUCAGUAAGAACUUUAAAGCAUGUCCCCCUGUGUGGUGAGCGACUUCAAACAGACAUGUCUGUGGGUUCUUUCAGCAAGUUGUUUGAUAAAACAAUAACAUUUCUACUUUCAGGAAACUUGUGUAUUGCUUGUUGCCUUACACAAACAGGAUCUGAGCCAAGAAAUAGUCCGUGCACUCACUGGUGUAGAAAAUAAACUUAUCUGACUAAUUAAUCAUGCCGAGCUUUAGUGCUGGUGACUCAACCACCCAUUGCUUAUAACAUAUUUCCUACAUUGUUUUCCUAAUUUUUGCCAACAUGUGUUUGUAUCCUGCCUCUACACCAGCUUCAGAGUAUUUAUCAAAACAAAUAAUAAAAUCGGAAUCGCGCUGCGGGAAAGUUCUGUGAGGCGGAAGGUGUCUCAGCUCGCGAGACACGUGACUUGAUGCUCGUGACGAGAGCCGGGGAAGCGGGAGUCGCGGGGUUAAGAACUGGAAGGAAAGGUGUCAAAGGUCAUCAAGGCUACGUGGAAAUACGUUAUACUAAGUUGCUAUAGAUGGCCUGGUGUUGAUGUAAACAUUCUAACUUUAGUACCACUCCCCUCUCUCCCACCUCCCACUGAUCGUGAAUGAACUGUCUUUCAUUGCAUAUUGUAAACUAUUAGCAAAGCAUUUUUAAUUAAGAGACAACUCUGUAUUAUAGUUUUCUUGUACAAUUAUAAUAGUAUAUCAUUUAUUCCAUUAUUUAUUCUUCAUCGAGAAACAGAUUUUCCAUAUGUAAUGUGCUGUACAUAGGAUUUCGUCGUUUUCUUGGAAGGCCUGUCAAAGAUCUUACAAAUUUUUAGUGAAAUAUUUUGUGAGAGUACAAACAUAAAUAUUUCCUUGCGAAACAUUUACAUUUGUCAGCUGCCCUACGCACUGCUGUGAGCGAACCUGACAGCUUGGUCUCAGAUGUUGCAUAAUUUGACUGUAAGAACUCAUCUUUCCUGACAUUUUGUUGAUGUUUUCAUUGAUACAACUUUUCUUAUUGUACAAAAUGUAACUAGAGUCUCAGUCUCUCUCUCUCUGUGUAGAUGGGCAAUCCUGUUAUCUAAUCACUGUUUUUACUGCAUUUUUUCCUGUAAAUUAAGAGUAUGUACUUGUUGAUACUGUGGCUCGUGCAUUAAUUUUGUCUCAUUAAUAUUCAAGAUUUUAUUCCGCAGGAAGGAGAAGCAGCUCUCAGAAAUAGUCAAAUGUUAAACUUGAAUGACUGAUAUUUUCGUCAGUCGUUCAGAUGUGACAUUAUGAAAACUGUUAAAUGACUUUUCUUUUUUUCUUUUUUUUUUUACUAAAUUUUAUCGGCCCUAUAAUUUUCCCCUUUACAUGUUAUUCGAUAAAAGUCGAAGACUUCCAGGAAGACUUGCUAAUUAGUUGAGGUGAGGUUCACAUCUUGCGUUUUUUUUUAAAAAAAAUUUUCCACGUUUAUUGCCUACUUAAUAGUUUUAUUAAAUUACAAGUUUGUAAACUAUUUAUUGACGAUCAUCUUUAAAAUCUUUAACGGAUAUGAGGAAUCAUGUAAAUAUAUUUUUGUACAUUUUUUCUAUGACAUACUACCUGUGCCUUUUCUGCUACAGUUAUCAGGAUGUCAGUUUAGAAUAUUUUUUGAGCAGACCUACUCAACGAUGCUCUGUACACAUGAAAUCUCUCGAAAUGAAAGCAAUUCCAUGCAUUUUGGCUGUGAGUUGUGUACAUGGACAUGUUCUACCCGAUAUCCUGCGAUCCACGGUACUACAAGACAAGUGAGCGCGUGUAUGGGUGCGCGUGCGUGCGUGCGCGUGCGUUCGUGUGUGUGUGUGGGAGGCAGAGAGAGAGAGAAAGUAGGAGAGCUAGAGAAGAGAGAGACUUUACCUGAUAUGUGCUUGUUGUGUUGUUGGAACUGCAAACGCCCAGUAUUUGACCUAGUCUCCAUAGCAACGACCUGUCACGACUGUUCACCUGUGGCGGUGAAGAUGAAUCAACUUUGGAAAGUUUUAUCGCUGUCAAGGUCACAGAUGGAAAAAAUAUUUUUGUACCUCUGCUGUUGGCACUUUUACUGAAAUAAACCUUUAAGAUACGUUGUCGGCUACAUUCGGACAUCCGCUGAAUGAAAGCCAUUCUUGUACAGUGAAUAAAAAUAGAAUCAAACUCUG